CUCAAUUUCAGUAUUUCACCAAAUCAACGCAGUUUUGAAUAGGGGACUAGGAGGGCUCAACACUUAUUGGGCCGAUAAAUGGGCAUAAUGAUAGGUAACUCCAGGCUUUUCCCAAACGUUUUAGGCUAUUAAGAGAGGGUAGAAGGAAGAGAGAGAGAGAGAGAAACAGUGUCGUUUUGAGACAAUGAGUAGGAAAAUGGGAUCGAACGCAGGCAGCUCCGGCGAGAACAGUUCUCCGAAUCCAUUGAGGAACCCAUUUCAGAAAAGUGGGAAUCAGGCGGUGUACGAGGUGAUUGAGACGAAGAACGCGUGCGUGAUGAGAGCUGACUUACCUGGGUGUCUCGAGUCAGACCUCACCUACUGGGUCGACACCGUCGGCGGCAACAACGUCCACUUCUUCGCCGACGAACCAGCCAUGCCCGAGUACGAAAGCGCCGGACGCAAGUACGGAGGCUCCAUGGUGGUCAACCCAGAGGCGUUCGACGUGAAGAAAGCUAAGGUGAAGCUUAUCAACGGAGUGCCCUGGAUCACCGUCCCUAAGACGAUCCCCGGCAAAUAAGGCCUCCUCCAUUGGUGUCGUUCAGAGAAGAUCAUUCAUCACACCUGAUUUAGUGUCUGCAGUCUCUUCGUGAUUUGGUUUGUGGUCUAGCUAGCGUCUCUAUAUCUAUCUAUCUAUCAAUAACUUGCUCAUGGAGCGCUGUGGUUUAAUUAUGUUUAUCUAAUGUUUUUGAUGGUUUAAGUACGCUCUCUUGCUUCUUCUAUAUAUAUUAUGCAUCUCAAU